CUGAUUUGCAACCCGCCGAAGCUAAAGCAGAGAAGGAAGAAAAAUGUCGCUGUCUCCGACGCGGACCGUUCUAGGAUCAGUGUCCUUUUAGGAGAAAUCACACGGCAUUUCGAUUGAAACCUCUUCUGUGGUGCUGCCAUGAGUGAUCAUAACCUUUAUGAAACCGUACAAAGAAAGUAAAAUGUUCUAACCGCUCAAAUGUGGGAGGUUUUACCUGGACUAUAACUUCCCAUUUUGCCAGGUCAGCUUCAACCAUAACCAUUUAAAAAGAGAAGGGUAUACUGUAACACUACAUGGGCCUCUUAGGUGACCUGAUCUGAUAAUUACAGCCUCUAGAGCCUCGUCCUUCAGCUAAAAGAUAAAAUUUCAGCAAAGACAUGGACCCAUCUGCCAGGAUGGUGAGUCUGGACGCCCAGGGGAACAUGGUUUUCACUGUGGUAAAGCCGGUCAUGGGCAUCUUUCAGGUUUCUUCAGAGCAAGCCGGCGGUGUAGCACAAGGGGGCAUGGGUCUCCAGGGUUUAUCUGAAAACACACUGGUCCUCCCUCAAGUGCAAGGCCAGGCUCCGCUAGAUCAGAACCAGGUGGAAAUGCACACCUUACAGCCUCAUGUUCAGCCCCAGAUGCAGGUUUCUGGCCCGGUCGUCCAGACUGAGGACGUGUCUCAGAAUCAGGAGCCGCCACCAAACUCAAGCACACAUUCAGAGUCCAGUACCCACAUGCCAUUUGCAGAGGUGUCGUCGCUCCUGGAUCCCAACAUGAAAGGAUCUAAAGCUCGGAAGUAUCUGAUCUCGUACGAUGAAAUUAAACGGCGCCUUCAGGCCCCGGAGAAGAUGUCGCUGCGCUCCUUGGCGGCGUACACUCGGGUCAGCCGAGGACCAGCCAGCAAGAAAACGCUGCUAGAGUCGCUCAAUGUACUCGGCCUCACGCCAAGCACAACUACCUCUGUUUCCUCCUCGUUCUCCAAACUCACGGAAGGCGACACCAGGGCUUUGUGUGACGAUAUGAAAGAUUUCGCCCACGACUACAUUGACUACGGAAACAUGGCUAAACAACUCAUCCCAGAGACAAAUACAGUUCAACACUGGUCCAAAAUUAUUGAAACUAAGAACCACCUCGAGGAUAUGAGAAAAUGUUUCAACGACCCGGUCAACAGUGGCGCGUUCGACAGUGUCACUCAUGGACUCGGUCUGGGAAUGUUGGAUGUUGCACUGGACAUGAUCAUCAUGGUGAUUGAGCAGCAGAUUCGCAUCUUGUCCGGUGCAGCGGCGUCGGACCCCGCUGACUCCGGGCCGGCGUCGAGGCGUAUCCGCAGGCGCCACCGCAAAGCCCGCUCAGCUGAAAUGGAGAAGGCUCACAAGUUGUCGGAAGGGGUCAAAGAGCAAGGGAAGGUCAUUUCAAAAGGCAAGGGGCGGGGCAAAGCCAGGAAGAAAAUAAGACAGGAAACUGGAGGUGUUGUUCCCGUGGAAACUCAAGCAGAGCAGUGCAAGUCAGAUGAUGUGGAGAGUAACGUCCUCACCCUGGUUUCUGUAGGAUAUGAGACUGUUUCCAGUGGUCUGAAUGCAGCCGGAACUGUUUGACACCGGGUCACAUGACGGGUCUGAAGAACCAAUCAUAGUCCCAUUCAAAGGGACGCUCAGCAACGGGACUCGAGCUCUGCACAAGCUGAGUUGGGUGGAGCUCCCGUGAAGGCGAUCAAAGGUUGUGAUGAGCUCAGCAUCAGAGUAUAAUGUCACAUUUUGGAGUCACACUUAUGUUGCCGGAGCUAGCAGGCGGUUAGCUUAACUAAGCAUGCGGACUGGAAACAGGGAAAGAGCUAGGCCUGGCUCUGUCUACAUGUGACAAAAUCCACCUACCAGCAACUCUAAAGCUUAUUAAUUCAGUUUUAUAUCAGGUUAGGUGCAUGACUGUUUCUUGGCUGUAAAAUGCUGAAUUGUCAUUUUUACACUUUAUCAUACAUUUUUUUUGUUAGAAAGCUAAAUGCUGGUAGGCAGAUUUUUUUUUACCAUUAGACAGAGCAAGGCUAGUUGUUUCCCCCUGUUUCCAAUCUUUAUGCUAAGCUAAGCUAACCAGGCGCCGCGACAUCACUGUACAAAUAUGAAGAACUGUUGGCAAGAAGGUAUUUAGGCACAUUUCUCAAACUGUUGAAUUAUUUCUUUUACAUGAAUCCCCUGUUUCUUUAGUAGCAGUUUUUAUAUGUAUCUAGAUGUCUAAACUGAAUCUUAUCUAGAAUAUUUUUUCAUCCUAGGUUUUUAGUGAACAGACAAACAUCUGUACGUAAAAUGUAAACACUGAAUAAACCUGUCCAGGCACAUGUACAGGAACAGAUGAUAUCAGAGGUCUGGAUUAUAUUUUUUUUCACUGGUUGUAUAAUGUCUCCGGUUCCUCUGUUUGUAUUUAUUGUCUAGACUUCCUGUUCUGUUGUAUUGUACUAGAGUUAUGAAAUAUGAAGUAAUGUCUGUUUUUACUGGAACCUCAAGAGUUGAGUAAAAUAUAAAGAUUUAAUUUUCAUAACCACUUUCAAUGUGUUAUUGUCUUAUGAUAAAAGACGUAAAUGGA